UAUCCAGACCUCUCUUGGUCUGACUUAGUUGAAUGCCCGCCAUAUACCCGGAUGUCACCCGUUGUUUUGCCUUGAACUCCAGACCUGUAGGUGUUCUCCGGCCCCCUCUUCAUCUCCUCAUCUUGUUGUCAAUUGCUGUUGCUAUCUUCACCCGAAUUGCAACUUCGCUCCUCUGAAUAUUAAUUCUUUUGCUUCUAGUUGCUUGACAUCGUGAGCAGCGUUUAGACGUCCACUGACUGGGUGGGGGUUUAGGGUCGUUUUUGAGUUGUGGGUUUUUCAGUUCGUGUGGUUUUUGGUAGGGGUUUUGGGGUUUUGUGUUGGUCGCUUGUAUCUGGAGAGAGGGUGACGAUGGCGGCCGCAGCCAUGUCCUCUGUGGUUAGAGUAGCGUCAUGCACGGGAAGCACUCAAGACAAGCGGAUAUUGCACAGCCUGAUGGCUCUGCAUGCUGCAAAGAUCUUCGUGGCAGUGGAAUCCAGCAGCCGUGGAGCUGUGGCGUCGGCUGCUUUGAAGACUAAAACGAGUUUGGUGAGGGAGGAGGAAUGCAGCGUGGGUGCGUUUUGCUCUCUGUACUCCACUUUCAGCGAGGUGUCCACCCGUGGGUUGAGCAGGGUUGCGGCGAGAAGCUCUGCUGCUGCUACCAAUGGGGCGGUAAGCUUGAACGGAGACGCUUCCAGCGGUGGAGCGGCUAAAGAAAGAAGCCCCAAAAAGCACAAGAAAUCUGAAACCAAGAAAAAGGCUGCCAAGGACUCUGACAUGCCCAAGCGACCACCUUCCGCAUACUUCAUUUUCAUGGAGACUUUCCGGAAGGAGUUCAAAGCAGCAAACCCUGAUGUGAAAGGAGUCACUGCGAGCGCUAAAGCUGGUGGCGAAAAGUGGCUCAGCAUGUCAGAAGAGGAGAAAGCGCCUUACGUUGCUGAGGCCUCUGUUAGGAAAGGCCAAUAUGAGCAAGCCAUGACAGCCUACAAGAAUGGCAAAGCCUUAGAGUCCUCCCUGUAGCUGAAAUGGCAGACGAAGUCCAGUUAACAAAAAUGACCCUGUGGUUUUCGGCUUUCCAACGACUAAGAUCAAAUUUAAUGCAUAUAAAUCAUCUGCGGUUGAAGGCUUAUAGGUACACAGAUUCUUGUUGUUUAGUUUUGAUAUAGAAGCAGAUACGGAGAUUUUUCAACUCCAAUGUUCAUUGAGCACAGUGCGUACAUCAGCUCUGUUUUCAGGCUGUGUUGAACUCUUCCACAGUAAAGUGUCUCUGAAGCUCCUUGAAGAUGUUUAAGCCUUUUGCUCGGUAAUAUUCAAGUUGAACUAUGUCACAAGUCUACCAA